AUGCAGGGUGAUGAUCCCCCUUUUUUGCCAGUGGGGACUGAUGUAAGUGCCAAAUAUAAGGGUGCAUUUUGUGAAGCCAAAGUCAAGAAAGUUGUUCGUAACAUAAAAUGCAAGGUAACACUCAAGGCAGGAGGAAUAACAACAGUGAACGAUGAUGUAAUAAAGGGUACUCUGCGUGUAGGUAGCACAGUUGAAGUUAAACAAGAUCCAAAAAAGGAUGCAAUGGAAGCUGUCAUAACAAAGAUACAGGAUUGUAGCCAGUAUACUGUUGUUUUCGAUGAUGGUGAUAUAACAACACUACGCCGAUCUGCUUUAUGUCUCAAAAGCGGGCGACAUUUUAACGAAAGUGAAACUCUAGACCAGUUGCCUCUUACACAUCCAGAACAUUUCUCCACACCGGUGAUAGCCGGCAGACGGGGUAGGAGGGGAAGAGCUCAGUCAGAGGAGAGUGAAGGAGAAGGCGUAUCUCGUCGCACGAAGGCCGAUAGUGAGCCGCAUGUAGGGCGUGUAGUGCUGGUAGAGGCGGGCAGCGGUGCUGAGAGGCGUCGUCCUCACCAGCCCGCAUUUCCUGCUCUUGUGGUGGCACCAACCGCGCAGAUCAAAGUCAAAGAGGAUUACCUCGUGCGCUCGUUCAAGGACGGCCGGUAUUACACGGUGCCGAAGAAGGAGGCGCGUGAGUUCCGCAAGGGCAGCGCGCCGCUGGAGUGGGCCGGCGUGGAGGCGGCGCUGCAGUACCUUAACAACGGCGUGCUGCCGCCGCACUGGGACCGUGACGCGCUCUUCAACGAGCCAAGGAACACCUCCGACGACAGCUCCGAUGACGAACCGCGUGAAGAGAAAGACCAUUUCGUCGCUCAGUUGUAUAAGUUUAUGGACGACCGUGGCACUCCACUCAACAGGAAUCCCACCAUUGCUAACCGGGAUAUUGACUUGUAUAGACUGUUUCGUGUUGUUCAGAAACUUGGUGGCUACAAUCGAGUAACAAACCAAAACCAAUGGAAGACCAUUGCUGACAAGAUGGGUUUCCACCCUGUUACAACAAGCAUCACAAAUCUUUGUAAACAAGCAUAUAAAAAGUUCCUACACAGCUUUGAGGACUUCUACCGCAAGUUGGGCGUGACGCUGGUGGCGCAUCCGCGCGGCGCGCGCACGCCGCCCGCCGGCCGCUCGCUCAUCCGCGACCGCGACAAGCAGCCGCCCGCCGCGCCCCCUGCGCCCGCCCCCGCCCCCGCGCCCGCCGCCGCCCCCGCGCAGCCCACCGCACCUGCACAGCGCGGCAAAGAAAAAGAUUCUGACAAGAGCGAAACUGAAAAAAGCGAUAAAAGUGAAAAAGAAGACAAAUUAGAGAAGGUAGAAAAAGCGAAAGAAAAGUCUCGUGCUAGCGAUGAAGAAGAUAGCGCCGAUAAUCAACCCCUUAUUGUUACUGUUCCCAAGAUUGAAAAGGAGAAAGAGAAGGAAAAAGAGAAGGAAAGAGAAAAAGAGAAGGAAAAAGAAAAAGAUAAAGACAAAGAAAAAAGCUCCUCCACAAGAACAAGCGAAGAAAAGACUGUGAUAAAACCUCGCUCGCAGUCAAAGACCCGUAGUCUGUCGGCAGCCAAAACUGAAUCGCACGAUAAAAGAACUCCUAAGAGAAGACCUUUCCUGUCUAAGAUGGGCGAGGGAAACAGUGCACGCACCCCGCGGGCGUCGCGUCGACCGCACGCCUCCACCGACAGCGACAGCUCGGGACGUGCUUCUAGCAGGUGCGGACCAACAAAGAAAAUGCAAAGUCGCCGCAGUCAGAGUGCGAACUCUGCGAGCAGUGGCAACACUAUCGCCUCCAACAGCAGUAAGAGACCGCGUAAAAGGAAGAGUACAGAACCAUCGAUGAGUGAAUCAACUCGUUCCAGCGGAGCAAAUGUAAAGGCGCAAGUUGGCGACAAACUGAAAGUUUAUUAUGGCCCUACACAAUCAGAGUCAAAGGUGACGUACGAGGCGAAGGUGAUCGAGAUAUCGGCGGAGGGCAUGUUGCGCGUGCACUACACGGGCUGGAACACGCGCUACGACGAGUGGAUCAAGCCGCAGCGCAUCGCGCUCAACGUCACGCAGCACGACGCACACAACAAGAAGAAUACAAGUCUGAGCCGCCGAUUAAGAACGAAGAGAACUGAAGAAUCUUCAGCUCGCUCUGAUUCUGAUAGUGAUUCUGACAGCGACGACGACCUUAAACCGUCAACGAAAAAACCUGAUGACAAAUCCGGCGUCAAAACUCCGCCCAGAUCUAAGGAUGCAAAAUCAAGCGAUAGCAGUGGUUCAAGUAAACCUCGCAAGAGGCCUGUAAGAACAGUAUCUACUCCGUCAAUGGUUUCCCCUGCUAAGAAACCUCGAAUCAACGUCUCUAGUCAUCAAGGAAGGGACUAUGACCUUAAUGAAAUCCGAUCGGAACUGAAAGGACUGCAUAGUGUCAAACAGGAACCAGAGGAACCCAUCAAACAAGAGAUACAGAAAGAAAAAACGCCAAGCCCUAUUCAAAUGCCAGUUCAACCAUCUGAGCCUCCACAGCCAGAAAAACAACCAGAAGAUGUGUACGAAUUUAAAGAACCCGAACCUUUUGAACUGGAAUUGCACGAUGAAAAAAAGAAACGUUUGCAUCGUAUAUUCGACGAUAUUUCACCCAGCAAAUAUACAUCUACCUUGUCAAAGUCUUUGAGUGAAGAAAUUUCCGAAGACCCGUUAAGGCCCAGAGUUUCUGCGAUUAGAUCUCCAUCUUUAUCGCCUUUUAGAGAUUUUGGUGCGACUAGAGAUGUACCUGAACGACAGAGUCCUGAAGAAGAUUCCAAAGACGGUCUGUUCUCGCUAGACGAUGAUUCGUUCCCAGGUGACGGCAGCUCUGGGCCCAUUUUUGAAGGAUUCACACCAGCUAAAAAUCAAGAAACAUACUCUAAAAAGAGCAAAGUCAGUAAAUUAAGGGAGUUGAUUGAUGAUUCACCUGAUAGUCCGGCAGAUGAUGAGCAGUCUUCUGAAGACGAACCUGAAGAAAUGAAAGAAGAAAGCGAACCUAGUAUAGAAGCACCAAUUAUGGAAGUUCCAGAAGUACCUGAACCAAUAAAAGAAGAAGUACAAAUCGCUGAGCCUGUAGAAGAAGAAGUGGUUAUUCUCCUGACUGAACAACAAUCAAAUGAUAUACUUGAACCGCCUAAAACACCACCUCUACAAAUUACACUGGAUGGACCUGGUACAAGUAUUGAUGUAACCUCUUCAAAAUCAGACGAAGAAACUACAUCAAUUGAACCUGUCGAAGAAAUAACGAAGGAAACAACUCCACCUGAAAAGGAAGAGGUCAAAGUACUGGUGGUCCCACUUCCAACUAUAGAACCCAAUGAAAGCUCAAAAUCAAAAAUCGACAAAUUUGAUCCAGAUCCGGUUAUAUCAAAAUUAGAACCACCAUCUAGUCCUUUAAUAGACACUGAAGAGGAUAAAUCCGAACCAGAUAGCCCCGCGCGAAUCGACGUCCUUCCAGAGCCACCACCUGGGUUCCUCUUGCAAUCAGAAGGUCCUAAAAUUGCUGAAAAGCUACUUAAAGCUAUAAACAGUGCUAAAAGAUUAUCUAUGUCUCCUCCGCCAGUAGAAGACCGACCUGUUUCGCCGAACAAAGAUAUUGUUAUUGCAAAAGAAGACAAACCGACACCCAUAUCGCCCGAACUUAAGCCGCUAACUAAAGUUGAACCAUUAAAACCGUUAAGUAAAAAUGAGCCAAUAAAAAAAAUCAGCCCGCUUCCCAUGACUGAUCCCAUAUUUGGUGAACCUUCAAAUUUUACAGAUUUGAAACGUGAUCUCUCUGAUAUCAAAAAAAUUAAGACCAAGGAACCAACACCUCCCCGACUACAAAGUCCACUCAAUAUCUUGGAAAGACGAAAGAGUGUCGCGGAUUUGCCUCUUGGUGCGCCCGGGAAGAAUAACAAAGUCCUCAGCGACACCAUACAAAAGCUUUCGAGCCAGAUUAACCAAUCAGCUGCCAUCAUUCCACUACCACCGUUUCCGCCCGGAGACAGGAGUGAGUCUAGCGAUUCUGAUGAUUCCGACAGGAGGUUGAUAAUCGACAAAGUAUCGAUGGAGGAGUGGGGUAGUGGAGGGAGUUCGGAGGCAGUGGGGGCUCGUGCGCUACACGCGGGCAAGUCGCCGGGCGAAUGGAGUGCUGGCGAGUCGUUGCUCAUGCUUGAGGACGCGUGCAAGAACGAGAGAAAACACAGUGCGAGCGUUGUUGUAGCGGGCAGUGGUCGUGCGGGCGCGAGCACUGCCGCGGGCACAGUGAGUUGCGCUGGCGGAGCAGAAGAGGACAGCAACAUAUCGCUGUUGCUGUGCGAGGAGACCAUCCCCGGGUCGCCGGCGCCGGACGCCGAGCCCGCGCCGCCGCGCCACAAGCACACGCUGCCCUUCGCUUGCGCGCCGCCGCAUCACUCGCACUCUAAAGCUGAAGAGCGACGGGCUAUGGGCGGGUCACGCGAGGCGGGCGCGUGCGGCGGCGGGGGCGGGGGCGGCGGUGGCGGCGGCGGGGCAGAGGAGGGUGCGGCGGCGCCGUGGGCGCGGCGCCACGCGCUGCUGGACAACACGCCGCCCACCACGCCCGACAGCAGCCUCGAUCUCUCCCCGCACCGAGAGCGGCGUAUAUCGGAACGUGACAGUCCUUCGGAACGCAAAGAGGACGACGAGGACGCGCACGGGCAAGGCUCGCCCGCACACGACAUGGAUAAACCUCAUCCGAGUCGUUCCCGAAAAGCGUCGGAAAGUUCGGCGGCGAGUCGCGGGCGCUCGCGGCGCUCGCGGCGCAACACCGACGAGCACGCGCACGCACACACGCACGCACACGCACACACGCACGCCGCGCACCAGCCCUCGCUCAAGUACAACUUCUACGUCGAUCUGGAUCCAUCAUGGGACUGUCAGAAGCGUAUAAACGUGCUCACGACGCGACUGGCGGAUCUACGUAAAGCAUAUCACUCAGUAAAGGCGGAGCUCGCCGCCAUCGACCGCCGCAGGAAGAAGUUGCGCCGCAAAGAGCGGGAAGCUGUGAAGGCAGCGAAAGCGGCGUGCUCAUGA